AUGUUGUUUUGUAUAAAUACAUACCAAUGUCAUUUACAAAUAGUUGCUCAAGCAUAUGCAUGGCCGGGUAAACCAACACCAGUAGUAUGUAAAAGGUGUGAUAAUUGUUUAAGACAUUCUCAAGAUAAGCCAGAACUGCAAAAUGCCUUUAAUGAAAUUAAGGAGAUAUUAGAUAUUGUAGAAAUGUUAUGUGCAAACUUUACAAAAAAAAUACGACCAGCUGAUGUAGUAGAUAUAUUUUGUCAUCCUAUAAAAUCAAGCAAACCAAAAAUACUUAAAAAUAGCGAUUUAGCCACACUGGCACUUACUGACUUAGUAGCUCGUGAACGUGCGAGUAAAGGUAGAAGCCAAAAAUUGGUAUUAUUAGAUAAAAAAGUAAAUCGGUGA